UUCGCGCAGCUCGAGGCAGGAGUCGGAGCUCGCGCCGUUCCCGCUGUGUCCCGCGAGCGAGAUGUUGAGUUUGGGGAGCGGAGGAGCGAAGGGCGCCAAGCCGUCAUUCGUGUCGUACGUUACACCAGAGGAAAUCAAAUCUGAAAAAGAAUCCCAAAAGAAAGAGAGGCAUCCCGACUUGCUACCAGGGGAAGUCGUGUUCUGCAGUGCGAGCCCCGUUCUCAGACACACACAGGAUGAGGUCUCUCAGAGAGGAAUCUUCGGGACGCUGCUCUGCACCAAUUUUCGUGUCUCUUUUAUCAGUGAUGAGAAACCACUUGAGGACACGACCCAACACUUCAGGAAUAAGCUGUAUGGAGAAAAUGACAUUCCUCUAAUGUGUGUGGAUCAUGUCUAUGGAGUUUACGACGAGAAGAAAAAGUUGAUAACUGGAGGCGUUGUGACAAAUAAAUACCCAUCGAAGAUCAUCAUUCACUGUAAAGACCUGCGCGUCUUUCAGUUCUGCUUAACCUACACCAAAGAAGAGGACGCCAGAAAGAUCUUUCAUGGUAUUGUUCACCACUGCCUGGAGCCAAAGUCUCUGAAAUGUGUUUUUGCGUUUUCUUACGCUCAUGCAGCAAGUCCAGGAAUGCAGACGACACAUAAGACUGUUAUGUUUGAUUCAUCGCAUGACUGGGUGCAAGAAAUGAAAAGGACCAAAGGAAACUGUAAAAUAGUCACAAAAAAUGAGAACUUUGACCUUUCCAUAAAAUUACCAAAGUACUUCAUCAUUCCAACAGCUGUCACCGAUGAGGAUUUAGCCAAAUUUCCAGGAAACGGGUUACCUGUUUGGUGCUGGUCUCACCACAGUGGCUGUGCUUUAUUUAAAUCUUCCUCUGUGCCUACAAAUCAGGAAGAUGGCGUGGUACAGGCCUACAUGGACAGAAUGCUUCAAGCUGUGGCUCAAAACCACCUUUAUUCUGUUAAAACCGAGGAUCUGUCAGAAACGCUCCCCUCCCUUCAGGACAUUCAGCAGUCCUACACCAAGUUUAAGCAGUUCUUUCUCAUUGAUAAUUCGACUGAUUUUUGGGUGUCAGAUGUCAAGUGGUUCUCCUCUCUUGAAAGCUCAGGCUGGCUAGACAUCAUAAGGCAGUGUCUUCACAAAGCAGUCGAAGUGGUAGAGUGCCUCGAAAAGGAAAACACCAACGUCCUUAUAAUGGAGGAGGAAGGUACAGACCUGUGCUGCGUUAUUUCCAGCCUGGUUCAGAUCAUGCUGGAUCCUCAUUACAGGACACUGACUGGCUUCCAGGGCCUGGUGCAGAAAGAGUGGGUGGCCGGCUGCCACGCUUUCCUCGAUCGAUGUAAUCACCUUCACGGGAAGGACAAGGAGUGUCAGUCCCCAGUCUUCCUGCUCUUCCUGGAGUGUGUGUGGCAGCUGGUUCAACAGCACAGCACAGCCUUCCAGUUCUCCGAGACAUACCUGACUGUCCUGUCUGACAGUCUUCAUGUGCCAGUCUUUAGCACCUUCCUCUUUAAUUCCGCCUAUCAGAGGGAAAGCACGAUGAAGGCUGAGUUUCAGUCCUCACAAAGAGGCCCAUUGACCUGCCCUGCUGUGUGGGACUGGUCGGUGCAGUUUGACUCCAAGGCUCAGCAGUUCUUCUUUAACCCUCUGUACAGCGAGAAGUUCAAGCAAGAGAAACCCCUACGCAAGGCUCCUCGGGGAAAGCAGCACCAACGGCAGUUGUCCCUGCCCAGCUCUGCGUUUAAAACUCCUCCCAAGAAGGGUUUCUUCAAAGAUGAGGCAGACAGCCUGAAGAAGCUGCUCCGUGUAAAGCGCCUCAGCCGCUGGAUGGCGUCGCCCGAGAGCUCGGUGGCGGGCACCUCUAACGAGUUCUAUGAGGCUUGGCAGCGUCGCCCGCCCGACCCCCACGGCCUGCUGCUGCCUUGUCUGUCUGGUCCAUCCCUGCGUCUGUGGAUGCAGCGCUGUCUCCGCUGGAUCCCGGACAGCCAGAUCGUAGGUGGAGGCUCUGUGGCUGUCAUGAGCAAGCUUAACGAGCUCCUGGCCCAAGUGCAGGAUCUCCGGAGUGAGCUAGAGCACAAGGGAUGCUGGGAUACGCAGGCUAGAAGCCACCGGCUGCAGACGGGGCCGAUACCACUGACACGAGGUUCUCUGCGUCUUUCGUCCUCUUUCCCCUUCGCUUCUGGUCGGACCUGGUGCUCCAAGCCUGCCAUUCCUACAAGUCUUCUACAUAGUCUUAUGGUUAGUGAUAAGCUUGCGAGUCAAGAUGAUGAAAGCGGUGAAGUCAUAAGCUUUGUUUAGGAGAAAGGAGACGUGUUCAGAGGUUGAUUUUUUUGAAGUGACGUGUGAGUGAGUGUGUGUAGUCAAAGUCAAAGGUUUCUCCACGCCUUAUUAAAUAAAUAAUAAAGCUAAUGAAGGAAGAUUCAAGAAUUUUAAGAGGAAAAAUAAACCUACACACCAAGAUACAUUGUUUAUUGGAGUGCUGUAGUGAAAUAUAAAAUAUAGGGGCCUCAAUAUUCAGCCUUGAUAUGAACAAAUGUAUUUUCAGAUCAUCACAAGAGCAUUAAAAAACAAGAAAUAUAUUUAUAUAAAUCCAGUUUAAUGUCAUUAAUGUGACCUUUAUUGACCAGUCGACUUCAAAUUGUAUACAAUAUAAUAUAACUGGAGAAAAAUUUUGUACAAGACACACUUGUGUUAUGUGUUAAAGUGUCAGGAUCAAAUUUCUUAUUCGUUCAAUUUAGACAAAGAUGAUUUUGCAUCAUUUGGUGGCUUCAUGUUAUUGACUGAUUCAAAAAAGGAAAGUAGAAGAAGUGCUGCAACAAAGGAAAUGUGUGCGUGUUCGUUAAGGCUCAUGCAGUGAAUUAUACAAGGGUGAGUCAAAAAUUAUUCGCACUCUGGGUGCAGAAUUUAUUUCAAUUAACUUUAAAAAAAGACAAAUGCAUUAUUUCUCGACACAAUCUCCGUGGUUUUCAAUACAGUUUGUUCAUCUGACGACCAGCUUUCGUGUUCACUCAUAAAAAAAAUUUUUUGGGGAUGAGCUGCGGGCCACUAAUGCGCAGCUGUCUUCACUUCUUAUCAGCAGUAAAUCUUCAUCCUUGUAGGGCGGCGUUCAGGGGACCAAACGUCCGAUGGAGCGAGAUCAGAAUUCAAUACCUCAAAACAAAGUUUUUGCAGAGUGCAAACAGUGUGGCAUUGGUUAGCAUUCCUCUGCGUUUUAUCAGACGUUUAGGCUUCAGGUCGUUUAUAAUCAUCUCACUGUAAUAAGCACUGUUGUUUACCGGACAUUUUUCCCCGAUAAUGUUCCAAUACUGGGCCUCGAGGAUCCCAGUAAACUGUAAGCAUCAGCUUUCUAGCUGAUGGUUGACUUUUGAACUUUUCCUCGAUCGGCUUUUUCUUUUUCUUGAGUGAUGAAUCCAUGUCUCGUCACCAGUAAUGAUUCUCUUUAAGAAACUUUCACCUUCCUUUGAUUAUCAGAUAUCCAAACCUUUCUUUUUAUGCUAUUCUGUAAGUUAUUUCGGCACGAGGUGGACACGCUCAGACCACAAAACAAAAACGAAUAACUGAACGUUGCUCUCCUUUCGUGCAAAUCACAAGCGUGGCAUCCAUUUUUGCUCGCAUUGCAUUUACAAAUGAACUGCUGUAACACGUUCACACCUGCACACACUGACUGGAAGAGUAGCCUUGGACGGAAAGCACUGAUAAGACCGACAAAAGUUUUAAUAUAACCGGAGUGCGGAUAAUUUUUCUUUUUUUUUUUUUACUCAUAUGCUAGUAGGAUUUUUUAGCUUUGAGAGCUUUGCCAUUUGCCAGUGUUCAUUAAUAAGAUCCAUUAUUUCAAUUACAGUAUAAGGAUAAAUUGAAGAAUCUAAUAUUAAAGGAGCUCCGAUGUAGGUUUUUAGGAGAGGACGAAAAGCGUUUGUCGUUUAAUAGGUAAGAGGGUAAGAGGUCUAUUAUUAUAGAAAGUGGAAAAUGGUUAAAACCUUACUGUAAAUAGGUGUGGUCGAACCUUUGACUCGUACCUGUGUUUUUGUGUGAUUUGAAGAUAAGGCCAAUAAGGUUUAAGAGCGGAUCUUUGUCUGCUGUGUAUCUGAGGGAUAAAGCUUUGUUUAAACUCUAGGUGGAGCCUACUGUCAAAUUUAACCUGACUUGAGCCAUAAAAAAACCAAAGUGUAUAUGUGUGUGUUUGUGUGUAAGAGAAAGACAGAAAGAGUCUUAAGCAAGCAUAUAUGCAAGCGCUAAAUCAGGAAUGCAUUGUGUUUAUUUUGUACAUGUAAUAUAUAUCAGUUACAAGGUUGCACAGUCCAGUAUGAACUGGACCAGUUGUUUGUAACUAACACCAGUAGCAUAAGGAUGUUGGUUCUACAUUAUCAGUGUAUGAUUAUGGGGCAUAGUAAAAGGUUUAUUUGAGCUGAUAUUAUGAGAUUAGUGUUGCUGUAGAGUUCAGAAGAACUUGAAUAUGAGUAUGUGAGAAUUCAUAUGAGUGCAACAAAGAAAAA